AUGCACCAAAAAAAUGGUGGAGAAAAGCUCACGCCAGAGGAGCUACAGCUCCGCGUGAAGCAAGGCCUACAAAAAAGGAAGAAGUGUGCACUGUGUCUUCAAGUAUUUUAUGUGGAUGAACUGCCCGGCGCGAUCACCCAUAAGUCCAUACUUGAGUUGCGCCAGAGGUGGGGCCUUGAUGUGCGCCGCGGCGACCGAAUGCCCCCGCCAUCUCAGCUCUACAAGAGGGAGGAACUAUGCAUAUUCUGUAUGCAGUUUUUUGACUCAAGUGGAACCUUGCAGGCACAACAACAAUUAUUAGCUUCCACACGUGGUGGGUUGUCGGCUCGAUUGGCUUUGCGUUAG